AUGUGAUCAUUUUCUACCUGAUUUCAUUGAAGAAAGCCUUCUAAUAAACGUUUUAUUUGUGUCUCUGUUUUUUUUUGCAUCGACUUUGGUAAUGCUGAUAUUAAAACUUCUUGGACAGUGACCAUAACCUAAAAAAUAUCCUGACAUAAUCCAAAAAUAUUGUCACCUCAUUGACAAUGACAGUUUUUAUUUUCAAAUCUUCGUUUUAUAGUUCGCCGAAAUAAAUCGUCUGUUUUUUAAAUAAAAUGGCAAAGAGAAUAACUGCGAGUGCUAUAAAAUGGAAGGAGUUAGAAAAGAGAGUGCCACCUGAGCAAUCAGUAAACUUUUAUGCUUUCAAGGGAAAAUCUGAGGGAUAUUUGCGCCGCAUGCUUGCAAGUCCUGCGGAGCCACCUAAGAUAAACUGGGAUCAGUAUAAAAAAUUGGUCCCCGUACCUGGGCUAGUGGAAAAGUUCCAGUCUCAAUAUACAUCAUUGAAGAUCCCUUACCCAGAAGAUAAGCUGAGUGCUUCAGUCGACAAACAGUGGGAAGAGUUGAAGCCACAAAUCGCGAAGUUCAGUGAAGAAAUGAAGAAGCUAAUAGAAAAGAGUGAAGCAGAAAUAAAGAGAAUAAAUGCUUUACCGAAAUUCGAAGAUAUGACCAUGGAAAUGGUGCGCGAAAGGUUUCCUGAAAUCGCGUUAGAUCCUGUGGGCAAGCCUACUUUCUGGCCACAUACCGAUGAUGAGCAACUGGGAUAUGUGGACCCGACUCAAAAAAUAGGCAAAUAACAAUCUCAGCUCUAUGUACUUACUUUAAUAUUCAAGACGUGAACUUAUCUACAUCUUGAU